AUACCAUAAGACACAGAUAGAGAGAGAGAGACAGACAGAAACCACACACCAGCCCUUUCUCCUCGCUUUUCCCCCCAUGGAAUAGCUAAACUUGCCCCCACCCACACCUCCAUCACCUCCCAGCACCCCAUGAUUAUUUUGACCCUCUGGUCUUUUUGGAAGGAAGCUUCUGUCACUUCUUAACACCACCCGCCUGGAAAAACACACACACACGAACAAAGCCCCCGAAACCCUCCCGCGAAGGAAGAGGUCCUUUUCUUUUUUUUUUUUUUUUUGCUUCUUUUCUUUUGCUCGGACUCCAGAGCUUGAGCCUCCAGCCUGAGCAGCCACAAUUUCUUACCAUGUAUUCUCCUUUUAAACCAUCUCCUUCCUGCACACGCUCAGUCCUUGCAGCCACGGAUCUAACACAACUCCCCGCUUCUCGCCUGCAGGUUCUUUGCUCCCCGUCACUCAGCUGAUCCUCAUCUUUUUUUCUCCUAUUUUUCCCCCCACCCCGGGCGCUGAGAUUUCUUUUCCAUGCAAAGGGGUUCUUGCUUGCAGCUGGCAUGGCAGAGUACCUCCCCCAGCCUCCCUCCACCUGGCCCGCGGGCCCGCAGCCCCCUCACGCCUCCACCGUCUGCCCGCUGGAGCCCAUGGAUCUGGGGGUCUCGGAGCAGCAAAUGCCACCGGAGCAGCCGCCGUCCUCCCCGGAGCUGGGUGAGGAUGAGGAAGUCACCUCCCCACCGGAUCCUGAUGUCCCUUACCCCGACCUGGCCCCGGUUGUCUUCUUCUGCUUGAAGCAGACCACCAGCCCGCGGAGCUGGUGCAUCAAAAUGGUGUGCAACCCCUGGUUUGAGUGUGUCAGCAUGAUGGUGAUUCUGCUAAACUGCGUUACCCUGGGGAUGUACCAGCCGUGUGAGGAUAUGGACUGCCUCUCUGACAGGUGUAAAAUCUUGCAGGUAUUUGAUGAUUUCAUCUUCAUCUUCUUUGCCAUGGAAAUGGUCUUAAAGAUGGUGGCCCUGGGGAUCUUUGGCAAGAAGUGUUACCUUGGAGAUACCUGGAACCGCCUGGAUUUCUUCAUUGUCAUGGCCGGGAUGGUGGAGUACUCCCUGGAUCUCCAAAACAUUAACUUGUCUGCAAUCCGUACUGUCCGCGUCCUGAGACCCCUGAAAGCUAUCAACCGUGUGCCCAGCAUGCGCAUCCUUGUGAACUUGCUCCUGGACACCUUGCCCAUGCUGGGGAACGUCCUUCUUCUCUGCUUCUUUGUCUUCUUCAUCUUCGGCAUCAUCGGGGUGCAGCUGUGGGCUGGGCUGCUCCGCAACCGCUGCUUCAUGGAGGAGAACUUCACAAUACAAGGUGACAUUGUUCUGCCCCCUUAUUACCAACCUGAGGAAGAUGAUGAGAUGCCCUUUAUCUGCUCACUGUCAGGAGACAAUGGAAUUAUGGGCUGUCAUGAGAUACCCCCACUGAAGGAGCGGGGCCAUGAGUGUUGUUUGGACAAGGACGAUUAUUAUUACUACAACUCAGUCCGUCAAGAGUUCAACAUCAGUGGCAUGUGUGUCAACUGGAACCAGUACUACAACGUGUGCCGUACAGGCAAUGCCAACCCACACAAGGGUGCCAUCAACUUUGACAACAUUGGGUAUGCCUGGAUUGUGAUAUUUCAGGUGAUCACACUGGAAGGGUGGGUGGAGAUCAUGUACUACGUGAUGGAUGCCCAUUCCUUCUACAAUUUUAUCUACUUUAUCUUGCUGAUAAUUGUGGGCUCCUUCUUCAUGAUUAACCUGUGCCUGGUGGUCAUUGCCACACAGUUCUCGGAGACCAAGCAGCGGGAACACCAGCUGAUGCAGGAGCAGCGGGCCCGGUACCUCUCGUCCAGCACUGUUGCAAGCUAUAUGGAGCCGGGAGACUGCUAUGAGGAGAUCUUUCAAUACGUCUGCCACAUCGUGCGCAAAGCCAAACGCCGCACCCUUGGGCUGUACAACAACAUACAGAGCUGGCGCCAGGGCCAUGUGGAGCCAAGUGAUGCCAAGCCACGCAUGAACCGGAAAAGCCAGAGGCACUACAGACUUUGCCAGCAGCACAACUCUCUUGACUGCCCUCCUCAGGGCUUGGUCCAGCCCAUUGCUGUGACAGCAUCCUCUGAUCCCACCAACUGCCCCCGAUGCCACAGGGGGGAGCACGAAGCAUCCCGAAGGCUCUCUGUCCUGGAUAGCGCUGACUCGGACCAGGAGGAUGGAGGAGCCAGUGAAGAGGAGGGAGAGGGCAGGAGAGAGGACCAAGGUGCCUCGGCGCUGGAGAAGGAGGAGGAGGAGGAGGUGGAAGAAGGCGGACGGCUGAAGCUUUGCAGUGACAUGUGGCGAGAAGUGAGGGUCAAACUUCGAGGGAUUGUGGACAGCAAGUACUUCAACCGUGGGAUCAUGAUCGCAAUCCUAGUGAACACAAUCAGCAUGGGCAUCGAGCACCACGAGCAGCCAGAGGAAUUGACCAACAUCUUGGAGAUCAGCAACGUUGUCUUUACAAGCAUGUUUGCCUUGGAGAUGAUCCUGAAACUUGCUGCUUUUGGUCUCUUUGAUUACCUCCGCAACCCCUACAAUAUCUUUGACAGUAUCAUCGUCAUCAUCAGCAUCUGGGAGAUCAUCGGCCAGUCGGACGGGGGCCUCUCUGUACUGAGGACUUUCCGUCUCCUGCGGGUGCUGAAGCUGGUGCGUUUCAUGCCUGCUCUGCGCCGCCAGCUUGUGGUGCUGAUGAAGACUAUGGAUAAUGUAGCCACCUUCUGCAUGCUUCUCAUGCUCUUCAUCUUUAUAUUCAGCAUCCUGGGAAUGCACAUCUUUGGUUGCAAGUUCAGCCUCAGGACAGACACAGGAGAUACAGUUCCCGACCGGAAGAAUUUUGACUCCCUGCUGUGGGCCAUCGUCACCGUCUUCCAGAUCCUAACCCAGGAGGACUGGAAUGUUGUGCUCUAUAAUGGCAUGGCCUCCACGUCACCAUGGGCAUCCCUCUACUUUGUGGCUCUCAUGACGUUUGGCAAUUACGUACUCUUCAACCUGCUGGUGGCCAUUCUCGUGGAGGGGUUCCAGGCUGAGGGUGAUGCCAACCGGUCAUACUCAGAUGAAGAUCAGAGUUCAUCAAACAUGGAGGAGUUAGAUCAGUUCCAAGAGGUCCAGGAAGGCUCGGAUCCCAAGCUCUGUGCAAUUCCUGUGACACCUAAUGGGCACUUGGACCCAUCCUUGCCUUCUUCCAACCCACCAGUGGCUGCUGGGGGGGUCACAAACUCUUCACGCAACUCCCUGCAGCCUGACCAGAUCCGUGUUGCUGUUGGCUCCCGGAAGAGCAGCGUGAUGUCCCUGGGAAGAAUGACCUAUGACCAGCGGUCCCUGUCCAGUUCCCGCAGUUCCCACUAUGGAGCCUGGGGCCGCAGCGGGGCCUGGGGGAGCCGUCGCUCCAGCUGGAACAGCCUGGCCCGGGGACACAGCCUGAAGCACAAACCUCCCUCUGCCGAACAUGAAUCCCUCCUGUCUGGAGAGAGGCACAGGGCGGCGGAUGGGGAGUCGGACGGGACAGGAAGGGUGUUUCAUCACCGCCGGACACUUUCCCUGGACAACAAAGGCUCCUGUGACCUGCUGGAGUUGGCCUCGGUGCCAUCCGGCCACAGAGUGACCCGUAAACUGGGAGCAGCAUCUGGGGCCAGUGAGCAUCAAGACUGCAAUGGCAAAAUGCCCAGUAUUGCCAAGGAGAUCUUCCCAAAGAUGAACAACCGCAAGGAACGGGGAGAGGAUGAUGAGGAGAUAGAUUAUAGCCUGUGCUUUCGCAUCCGGAAGAUGAUGGAAGUCUAUAAGCCAGACUGGUGUGAGUUACGGGAAGACUGGUCCAUAUAUCUCUUCUCUCCACAGAACAGGUUUCGUCUCCUCUGCCAAACCAUCAUUGCUCACAAGCUCUUUGACUACGUUGUGCUGGCCUUCAUCUUCCUGAACUGCAUCACCAUUGCCCUGGAGAGACCACAGAUUGAACACAGAAGCACGGAGAGAAUCUUUCUCACUGUGUCCAACUACAUUUUCACAGCAAUUUUUGUAGCUGAGAUGACACUGAAGGUGGUCUCUCUAGGCCUGUAUUUUGGGGAUCAGGCUUAUCUCCGCAGCAGCUGGAAUAUCUUGGAUGGCUUCUUGGUCUUCGUGUCUCUCAUUGACAUCGUGGUCUCGGUGGCCUCUGCUGGUGGCGCCAAGAUCCUGGGGGUGCUGCGGGUUCUCCGGCUGCUGCGCACCUUACGUCCCCUCCGAGUCAUCAGCCGAGCCCCUGGCCUGAAGUUGGUGGUGGAGACACUCAUUUCUUCCCUCAAGCCCAUAGGAAACAUUGUCCUCAUCUGCUGCGCUUUCUUCAUCAUCUUUGGCAUCCUGGGGGUGCAGCUCUUCAAGGGCAAGUUCUACCACUGCCUGGGAGUUGACAUCAGGAACAUCACCAACCGGUCUGACUGCGUGGCCGCCAACUACAAGUGGGUGCACCACAAGUAUAACUUCGACAACCUGGGACAGGCUCUGAUGUCCCUCUUUGUUCUGGCUUCCAAGGAUGGCUGGGUCAAUAUUAUGUAUAAUGGACUAGAUGCUGUGGCUGUUGACCAGCAGCCAGUGACCAACAACAACCCCUGGAUGCUCCUCUACUUCAUCUCCUUCCUCCUCAUUGUCAGCUUCUUUGUGCUCAACAUGUUCGUGGGGGUGGUGGUGGAGAACUUUCACAAGUGCCGUCAGCACCAGGAGGCUGAGGAGGCACGCCGGCGGGAGGAGAAGCGCCUGCGCCGCCUGGAGAAGAAGCGAAGGAGUAAGGCACAGCCUAAGUGUUUGGUCGAGGCGCAGCGUUUGCCGUACUAUGCUACCUACUGCCCCAUACGCCUCCUUAUUCAUUCGGUCUGCACCAGCCACUACCUGGACAUCUUCAUCACUUUCAUCAUCUGCCUCAACGUGGUCACUAUGUCCUUGGAGCACUACAACCAACCUGUGUCUUUGGAGACCGCCCUCAAGUACUGCAACUACCUGUUCACCACUGUCUUUGUGUUGGAGGCAGUCCUCAAGCUGGUGGCAUUUGGUCUGCGGCGAUUCUUCAAAGACAGGUGGAACCAGCUAGAUCUGGCCAUUGUGCUGCUGUCUGUCAUGGGCAUCACGUUGGAAGAGAUUGAAAUCAAUGCUGCUCUCCCAAUUAAUCCCACUAUCAUCCGGAUCAUGAGGGUGCUGCGCAUCGCCCGGGUUCUGAAGCUACUGAAGAUGGCCACAGGAAUGCGAGCACUGCUGGAUACAGUUGUUCAAGCCCUGCCACAGGUGGGAAACCUUGGACUGCUUUUCAUGCUCCUCUUCUUCAUCUACGCUGCUUUAGGAGUGGAGCUCUUUGGAAAACUGGUAUGCAAUGAUGAGAACCCCUGUGAGGGCAUGAGCCGCCAUGCCACCUUUGAGAACUUCGGAAUGGCCUUCCUCACACUCUUCCAGGUGUCUACAGGCGACAACUGGAAUGGGAUCAUGAAGGAUACCUUGCGUGACUGCAGCCACGAUGACCGGAGCUGCCUCAGCAACCUGCAGUUCAUCUCCCCACUGUACUUUGUCAGCUUUGUGCUCACAGCCCAGUUUGUCCUCAUCAAUGUGGUGGUAGCUGUGCUCAUGAAGCAUCUCGACGACAGCAACAAGGAGGCCCAGGAGGAUGCGGAGAUGGAUGCUGAGAUUGAGCUGGAAAUUGCACAUGGGCUGUGCUCCCGCAAGUCAGGCUCCCCGAAUUCAGGGCAGGGAAAAGGAGCAGGAACAGGAGGAGGUGGUGGGAGAACAGAUCCUGAAGGACGUCUGUGCAUGAGAUGUUACUCUCCAGCACAGGAGAACUUAUGGCUGGACAGUGUCUCUUUAAUUAUUAAGGACUCCUUCGACGGGGAGUUAAUGAUCAUCGAUAACCUAUCGGGCUCCGUCUUCCAUCAUUACUCCUCGCCGGCCAUGUGCGAGAAGUGUAACCAUGACAAGCAAGAGGUCCAGCUGGCUGAAAUGGAAGCAUUAUCCCUCAACUCAGACAAGUCCUCUUCCAUCCUUCUAGGAGAUGAGUCAGACAAUCGCAGCACCUCUCAGCUCAGUCCUAAGGAGAUCAAGCAGGAUGGCCAGGACAGCCCUGACUCCAAUGGGGCAGGCGAUCUGGGGGAAUGCCUGCUCCCAAUAUCCAGUGCAGAUGGCUCCACAAACCCGGACAGUUACCUGUGUGAAAUGGAGAAAACACCUUUCAACUCAGUCCAGUCUUGGCUAAAGCAUGAAAGUACCAAAGCCCCUCCCAGCCCCUUCUCUCCAGGUGCGUCUUGCCCUCUGUUACCUGUACCAGCAGAAUUUUUCCACCCAGCCAUCUCUGCCACCCAGGCAGGGCCUGAGAAAGUCUCAUGUCCACGCAACCUUCCUAAGAUCUCUCUGCAAGGCUCGUGGGCAUCACUGAGAUCUCCGAGUGUGAACUGUUCUCUUCUUCAUCAGGCCCCCGAGAGCGAUACCUCGCUGGACAGCCGGAGCAGCAGCUCGGCGGGCAGCCUGCAGACCACGCUGGAGGACAGCCUCAACCUCAGCGACUCUCCCCAGUGCACCCUGGACCUCCCGGUGGCUCUGUGCCCCGUACCAGCUGCCGACAGCCAAAGACCCCUGGCAGCCCCCCUCUCUCCUGCCUCCCGCCGCCGGAGCCUGCGGGGUCGGGGGCUCUUCAGCCUACGAAGCAUCCGUCGGCACCAGCGCAGCCACAGCAGCGGCGGCAGCACCAGCCCCGGCUGCACCCACCACGACUCCAUGGACCCCUCGGACGAGGAAGGGGCGGGCAGCAGCCUGCGGGGGGGUGGCAACAACAGCGAGCCCUCGGAGACCCUCAGCAGCCUCUCGCUGACCUCCCUCUUCUCACCCCCGCCACCGGGGCUGACGCUGGUGAAGAAGUGCAGCAGCACCAGCAGCCUCCACGCCAGCCCCUCGCCCCGCCGCCCCACCGCCCACCACGCCAAGCCCUUCUACACCGUUGACCCCCGGGGCUUCCUCUCGAUGCCCUCCUGGGUGACGGACUUCUGCAAGGACACCCCCUCGCCCAGGGAAGGAGAGGAGCCGGAUGGCCCCGGCAGACUGGGGACGGGGGACCGUGGCUCCCCGCUCCCAUCCGAGCUGGAGCUGGGCGAUGGAGUCAGCAAGAGGAACAGAUGAGGGUCCCUGGGGCGCAGGGAGGGAGCGUUCGGCCGCCGGCAUGGGGAGAGUGUUUCACUAGCUUCUCCUCAGCAGCAAUUCCAAAGGAUUUGCAAGAAAAAGAACCAGGCAAACAAAAAUUUAUAAAUAUAUAUAUAUACAUAAAUAUAUAUAUAUAUAUACAUACAAUAAAUACUCUGGUACCGUACCUCAGAGGCAUGGGAGAGUGCAAGCAAUACGGGAACAGUCCUGCCCGAGGGCAAGACCUGGACCAUCACCGCAGAGACUAUAGUGACAAGGAAAGGCCAUGGGGCUGGGACCCUCCAGCCAGGCGACUGCCGUGCGGCAGCUGUUUAGUUAUAUACAUAUACAUAUAUAGAGAGAUCGAUUUAUUUAUUUUUUUUACUGAGAGAUUAUGAAUUUCAGAAAGUGCUAAGGAGGAACAAAGAAACGGGGGCUGACGGAGGUGCUAUGCCAAACAAGGAGGGUGGAGGCAAAGGGAGGGGAAGCGAAGUCAGCAGCAAGGGAAGGACGUGCGGGGUUUGCCUUGCCUGUUUCUGGGAACUUCCGUAUUGUCCAUGCUUCCAUUUCAAACAUUAAAAAUUGUGGGCCAGAUCUUCAGGUCGAGCGUAAAUUGGCAAAACGCGAUUGUGCGCUUCUGUUGGUGUAAAGCAGCAGAGCUCUGGCUUGUGGUGGAUUCACGCUGAUUUACAGCAGGUGGAAAUCUGGCCCCGGCAGCAGGGAAAAGCAAACAGCCAUGGAGCACGGGAAACGUUUUGAGGUGAAAAGCCUUGCUUUGAAGGGAAUGUGUGAACACAGUGGGCAUGCUCAUGGGAGGAGGGGAUGGAGGCUACAUGGCAUAUUUUUGCUGUUGUUUUGUUGGUUUUGUCUUUUUCAUUUUCCCAAGAAAGAAAACUGCUAAGGGAAAAAAAAUAAUUACAAGAUAUGUGGGGAAAUUUGGAGUGGGAGAGGCAGGUGGAAGGGGAGCAGGAGAUAAAAAGGGGAGAGGAAAUUGAACUUUUCCCACUUUCAUUUGCAGUAAUUGUGAUAUUUUAUUUUAGAAGCCCAAAGGUGCAAAAAUCAUCUCUAGAGAAACCUAUCUGUUAUUUUUGUAUCUAUAGCUAUAUAUAUUAAAAGAAGACAAAAACUAGAAUUUUAAAAAAGACAAAUAAAAGCAAAGGGGGCUUCAGCGACACAAAACGUAGUCAGUCCCCUGGCCGAGGGCUAACCCUGCUCCAAGUCCCAACGGGAAGACCCUACAAGAACAUCCUCAGCUUGGUGGUGGCUGCGCCUCUUCUCCGGCAUCUCCUUCAUCCUCUGGCGUUUUCCUGAUUUGCAUCAGUGUAGCUGGGACCAGAGUCCUGCUCAGCACCAACCGCGGACACGGAGAGCAGGGAAUAUUGUCGUGUGUGUGUGUGUGUGUGUGUGCACGCAAAUGUAAGGAUGUUUACUGUGUGUUGUGUCCAGGCGAACUGGCUCACCAGCUGGAGAGACGGGGGAGAGGGAGAAGGAGAACUGCAGCUCUCCUUGCCUCCGCCUUGCAGGGGAGCAUGAGUGGGGAGGGCUGCAGUGCAGAGGGCGAGGGCAGAACAACUCCUCGAACCACGACCUGCCUCAGGAUCCAGGAUUUGAUCCGGCAGAUGUUGUCCUUUCCCGGCAUGGUUGCAGCAAGGUCUCCAGAGGCUGCAUCCCUCCUUGCCUUUCCAGCAGCAUGACUGCACGUGUCUCCUUCCUGGCCACGGCCAGCCUGGAUCUCCUUCUGCAGCAACUCCAAGGUUUCGUACCCUUCCCAGGUUCGCAGGUGGGUAGGAAAACCAGCCACCCGGGGGGUACAAAGAAUUUUGGAUGUCACCUACCACCCCAGGGAAGCUCCGCUAAGGUCUGUCAGAGAAGACAGAGAAGGGCGGUGGGAAGAAGAUGGGAAGAAGGCAGGAAGAAGAUAGCAGCCCAACGGAGACAGGGAGGUUUGGAGGCUGGUUCACUGCUCACAGAAGGAGUAGGGCUCCCUCGGGCAUUCCUGUCCCAUUUUUUCCAUCAGAUCAAGAGGGCCCCUGCAGCCCUCCCGGAGCUCUCCCAGCUGGCACAUGAAGCGUUGUGAAGUGGGCAGUAAAAAACAGAUGUUCUGGUUUUAUUGUGACCUGUCUGAUUUUUAAGCAGCUGCUGCAUCUUACGAGCCGGGGCUGUAAACAGCGAGCGCGUCAAAUGGGACCAACAGCCAGGAAAAGGAUAAUUACUGUGCGGACUUGAUUUAUUUGCUGGAAGGAGUGUUUGCUGUGUUGCAAGCGUGCACGCUGACUGCAGGGAGGUCAGGCCUGGGGGGAGAGGACAGGAGAGCCCAGGUCCUUGUCCUUGCAGAAAGGAUGCUGAUCCAGAUUUAUUAAAGCAAUAAUAAGGGUCUUUAAAUGCUUUUUUUGCACUGGUGGUUCUUUGGGUCAGUUGCCCCUGCCUGUUCUCCUGUGGGCAGAGAGGAGAGACAAGACACGUGGUUUCAUUUCCUCGGGGAAGGAGGGCAGUUAGCCCCCAAACGGCCGAACAAUGAAUUUGGGCUGCACAAGGCUUAGAUGCAAACCCAGAGCUGCUUUGAAACCAGAGGUAGGGCUUACCAAAAAACCCCAACCAGUUAAAACCCAUCCAAAUCCCAGACAGCUCAAUGCAAAAUAUUUCCUUGAAGGUGUCCAUAAGGGGACUUGGAGGUGGGACUCCGAGCUGUCCUGUCAGUCAUGUGGGCUGUGAAACAUUUUGGCUGAGGAAUGGGAGAAAGGUCAGUGAUUGGUGCAAUGCUAGAAGCUACCCCGAUAUUUGAUCAUGAUAGAAGUAUGGCCUGAACUUGGGAGAGUUGGGAGGGGAGAAGAGUCAAAAGAUGGUGGGAAAGAUGGUGGUGGUGACCUCGUGGGGUGACUUACAGCCCCUAGGAUGGAUGCUCUCAGCUUAUGCUCGGUUGUCCCUGGAAGUGACUUGCAAGGAAAAAUUUGUUUCCCUCAUGGUUUGGGAUUCAUGACAGCCCUUUUGCUCUGCACAAUGUCUCCCCUUUGCCUCCCAGCGGGGUCAUGCCACCACUCCUGCCUCCCCGCAAAAGGGCUUUCACCCUCCACCGUAUGACUUGAGAAAAGGCUUCUGGCUUAGGAAGGAGGUUGCCAUGGAAACAGAAGACCGGGUUAUCUUUAGAGAAUAUUUUGUCUCUCUCUUUUAAUUAUUUACUAACUGUUUGAAGAAGAAGGAGGAAACAUACAUCCUUCCGGAAGAGGAAGCAGAAUACUAAAACCCAGCAAACGCCUUGUGUUUUUGCUGGGGAUUUCGGCGGCGGGGCCAGUUCUGCCGUUACUCCUGGCAAAAGCUGCCUUUCCCAGCUACGCCUGGCUGUUGGUUGGCACCAGGAAAAACCUCUGUCAUCACCCACCCACCUCCCAGACAACACCUGAGGGCAGCCAGGAUUUGCCCAGGCAUCUUUUCAGCCUCCCGUACUCCCCACUUCCCACAGGGGACUAUAUCACAGGCAGCACCUGCCAGGAGGCUCUUUGCUGUCGUCAACCCGAGAUCACUCUGUUUUGUCCCACUGCCAUGUUACCCUCGUGCCCGGCUCUCCCCCGCGUCUGCCACCGAAAGCAGUCCCUUUCCCUGCUCGAUGCUGAGCUCCUCCGUGUGCUCGCAUCGUGUCUUGCUCUGGCUGCUGCUCCGCCAGGCUAGGCCUACUUAGCACUUUUCAUCUUCGCUUGCCAGCCGGUUCCUUCACCUCUUUUCAACUUUUUUUUGGUGUUCAUUUUUCUAAGUUCUGCCUGUACACCUUCCCCUCUCGCCUUGGCCUCUGGGCCCGCCUGGCCUGGUUUAUUGCAGGUGCAGAGAAGAGCCUGUCCUGAGCGCUUCCCACCUUCCUUUGCGUAGAAAAUCCUCACCCGCUCCAACCCGCUGGUGAAAAAUGCACCCAUAUUUAGUAUUCCUCUUGCGCGCAGACACCCUGUCUCAGCACUGCCAAAUGAACAAAGUGUGCUGCUGGGUUUACUUCUCCUCGCGGCUUCUCCACCUUCAUCUGUCUUCCUUACUACUACCAAAAGUUUCCUUCUGAAAUAAGACAUAUGGGAAAUAAUUGCCAGCAUGACCACUGUUUUCUUUCACGGGGAAGUCAUCAGUGUUGUGCAUUUGGGGUGGGGUUUUUUUGGGGUUUUUGGGGUUUUUUGUGAGGCCAGGUUCUGUCAAGGACUGAACACCACCGGCUUUCUGUGAAAUUAAUACAAGUUGAGCAGUCCUGGGGGGGGAAACUGAAGGUGUCAUUGAGCAGGAAAAUAAUUUUUCAGACAAAAUAAACUCAAAGCAGAAACCUUAGAUGCCUUCAAGGAAUUUUCUACUUUUCCUUUUGGCUAAAAACGAAAUGAUUCCUGCGAAAAUGGCUCUCUUGUAUCCAGAAUGCCCCCACAGGGCAUCACAGCGGUGGUGUGCCCUGGGUGACCCCUGGUGACUGUCUCCUCAAGACACCAGACCCCUUGGCUCCCCACAGGGCGCUGAAGAUGGGUCCCCAGGCGGUGAGGUGCCUGCAAGGUGCCACAGGAGAUGUGCUCUGAACACCUGCCAUGCAAGGAGAGCAAAAGGUGUCAUAGCAGCGGCUCAGGAGUGGAGAUUUGAUUUUAGCCAACGUAACUAAAAACUCAAAAUUUGUUAUGGAAGACGUGGAGGUAAGUGGCUUUGGUUUGCUUGUUCUCAUCACAAGAAUUUCACGGAGAGGAGGAAAAUUAAACCCUACUGGUUUUCUGACCAACUGUGAUACAAAACACACAGUGCACCUUGUAGGAAGUGCUCGGUACUUUGCAAAGUCAAGCCCCUGGAUGUAUGCCAUCAAGUUCAGUUUAUCUGCAUGUGAUCUGACUUUCCAAAUAUUCCCUUCCCUGGUUUUCAUGAAUACUUUAUUUUAUGAGGUCUGCCUUACUUCUCAGUUUUUUCCAUGUUAUUUUUGUUCCUUGCUGGGGACCACCUUCCAGUAGGAACUCAGUAUCUUUGAACUAUCAUUCAUUUUUUCCGCCUCAUUUAGACAUAUAUGUUUCUUCUCUAGUGCUUUUUCCUUCUCCUGUACGUUUCCAAGCCCCCUGUUUAUUUCUCCUAAGAUCCUGUCACACUUUGAGCAGGAGCUGGCAAUGUGAUAUUGAAUAUUUAUGCCUCCCGACCACUUCCAGAGCAGACGUGCUCAAUUUACAAGUAGAGAGCUCUCACCCCCACCAAAACCGGCAUCCCAGCCUCCACUUUGCAGCGUGCCUCUGCUUUUGCUCCAACAGCGGCCGCACUAAUAAGGGCUCUGCCCUUUGCCUUGUGCCGACGAUGGGAUUGCACAGAUGGAUCUUAUGGCUGGGUAUGUCCUCAGCGUCGCUUUGCAUAUCAGCAGAGCUGCCGAGCAUCUUUCAUGUUCAUAUUAGUAGGAGCAGGGAGGACUCGGCACCUCACAAAAUCGCUUCCAUUAGCAGUUGGGCUGUUGCCACGUAAGCCACAGCAGGCUCCAGCUCACACUUCCCCUUUGCUGCCUAGUGCUGCUGGGCACAGAGGAAUACAAAUCUUUUUCCUUAGUUUUGUCUGUAAUCACCCAAGUCAACAGAUACAGUUCUCUCUUUGUCUCAUGGUCCACGGAGCAGAAUGAUAGAGUGGGAAAGGCACUGUUUUUCCAAGGACAUUUUCCUGGAGACCAGAGUACUUUAACCCCUUUGGCUAAUGCCAUUUUAGCCGUCCGUAUUAUUUGCGAAAACUUCAAAAGAUGCUGUGGCUUGGGGGGGUUUAUUUUCUGUUUGCUGUGGCAGGGUCGGUGCACACAGUGCACCGUGCAAAACAACAGCAGCUCCUCCGGCAGCUCUUCCCCUCCCUUUCCUCCAGCUCGUUCAUCCUGGAUGAAAUUUUUGCUCUGUAAGUUACCUCUUUGUGCUGACCACGGCGCGGUGGGAUUUGCUGCCUGUCAUUGCCCUGCUGCCACCUUUUUCUUUCUCUUCUUAUCUUUCUUAUGACUGCUGCUAAGGGAAUAGCACUGUCCCUUCGCAGAGCCUGGCAGAGCAUCUCCAGAAAGGGGGCUGGCAACCACCCAGCACAAGCAGGCAGGGCAGCUGCCCCGUCCUCGGUCAGAAACACCCAUAUGGGCUAAGAUGCCACUUCAAAACAAACCAUCAGCGAUACCACGGGCUGCGCGGACAGCAAUCCUAAGAGAAAAUAUUUUUCAGUGAAACAUCUUCAAUCCAAGCUUUUGCUCUUCAAUUGCAAAGUGCCUUCUUAGGAGAGAGCUACCCGCCCACACACGAGGAGGAGAAGCGUCAUGCAAACACCCAAGGUAUAUGGUCCACGCACAGGAAGGCAUUUUUAUUACCCUGCAAGUCCUGGGUAUACACCUUGCUUUCGAGCUAUCACAGCUUUGGACAUGAAGUACCAGGUGGGCUUUCCUCUAAAACUGCCACUGUCACCUACAGCUGCAUCUAAUAAUUGCUGGGAUGAUAACAACGAAAGCAGAUGACCCCAUUUCUCUUUUCAAUUACAACUUCACAAACACAGUUAAUUUAUGUUCCCAUUUAUGCUCUUCUCCCACCGCCUUAUCUGAGCCAUAAGAAGGGUUUGUUUCAAGAUAUGAUCUACACACAGAAAUACUACAAACAUCCUAGUUAAUAGAUAUUUCUAAGAAAGAGUCGAGUGCAAUGUGGAUGGGGUGGCAUGGAUAAAAUAUCUGCUUUUUUGUGUAUAUUCCCCUCUACGUACACACAACUGCCCCCCUCCGUACACUUGUAUUUCUUGCCAUAGUCUUUAAAAAUGACCUUCUGUUGAAUGUAGAGUUAAUAACAUGGGAGAGACUGUUAAUCAUCAUUGGCCACUGAU